UGCAAGUACAGUAGUGUGCUUCGGUUUGCUCUUCGAAAAGGAAAGUUUGCAAUGAACCAUGAAUACCGAUGCCCCCGUGGACUCGGUCGAGCAAGACGCUGGCACGCCGGCCAAGCGGCUGUGCACGGAUGAGCCCGGAAAACAGCGCUCCGCGUCCGGCUGCGGAGAGGCAGCGACUGGCAACGUCAUUGACGUGUCCAUCAUCCUGCCAGUGUACAACGCCUCCUGCUGGCUGGAUGAAUGUUUGCAGGCAGUUCUGGAGCAGGACUUCCAGGGGACAAUGGAGCUGUCUGUGUUCGAUGAUGCCAGUAAGGAUGACUCCAGAGUGGUGGUUGAGAGAUGGGCGGAGAAGCUAGAAAAACGAGGGAUCUCCACGGUGAUCUCCGGACACGACUCGGCCAAUCCCAAAGGAGUGGGUUAUGCCAAGAACCGGGCUGUGGCACAGAGCAGGGGGCAGUACUUGUGCUUCCAGGAUGCGGAUGACGUCAUGAUGCCACAGAGAGUCCGUCUGCAGUACGAAGCCUCCCUCUUGAAUCCCGCGAGUAUCGUCGGGUGCCGGGUUCGCAGAGAGCCAGAGGGUUCCACUGAGCGCUACACACGCUGGAUCAACAACCUGAGUCCAGAGCAGCUCCUCACACAGGUGUACACCUCCCAUGGACCUACAGUGAUCAUGCCUACCUGGUUCUGUGCCCGCAGCUGGUUCCAGCAGGUGGGCCACUUUGAUGAGGGCGGAAAGGGCGUCCCAGAGGACCUGCUCUUCUUCUACCAGAGUCUUCGUCUGGGCGGGGGAGUGCAUCGCGUGGACGAGUGUCUCCUUGUGUACCGAUACCACGAGCAGGCUGCCAGCCACUCUGUACUGGAGGAGACCAUAUGGAAUCUUCGAGUUGCGUUUCUUCAGGAGAGGGUCCUCGGCCAAUUGGACGCCUUCACCAUAUGGAAUGCUGGGAAACAGGGGCGGAAACUGUACCGCAGCCUGAGUCCGGCCAAUCAGAAGAAGGUGGAGGCGUUCUGCGAUGUGGACGAGAACAAGAUCAGAAAGGGCUUUUACACUUACGAAGAGUCAAAGGAGAGGCCUAAGCCCAAGAUUCCUGUGCAGCACUUCAGAGACGCCUCACCCCCGUACAUCAUUUGCGUAAAGCUGGACAUGACAGGUGGAGGGCUAGAAGAAAACCUGCUCUCCCUCAGGCUUAAAGAGGGAUUAGACUACAUUCAUUUCAACUGAAGAAAGAGGGGGGGUUAAAAAAAAAGGCCAAAAAAUAAACAUCUGGAGCAAGACCUGGCAACCGGACAGGAAAAACGAGACGCGUUUCUCUACAUCGCAAUUGAAAGCGGGAAGCCUGGUUGCCAGGUCUGGUAAAAGGGAGAAUGAGGGUUCAGUCCCUCACUGCGGCGCUCACUAGAUGUUUUUAAAGAGGGCAGCCGAGGUCUUCACCCACGGCUGGAGUAUCCCGAUAUGUGACCUCAAGUGUCUGGGUCAUGACCCCCAGACUGGCCGCUGGUGUCCAGC